AACCCAAUACAAUCGCAAAACAUCGGUGCGUGUGAAUUGCGACAGUACAUAUCAAGUCGGCAAGAUAUUUUCAUUCCGGCAAGCUGCAGUGCAACCGAUCAUUUCGGGAGGAAAAAAAAAUUCCAAAUUGAAAAAUACGCAGUGUCCUUAGAAGAUAAUACCGUUAAAUGAAUUGUUGAUGGUAUUAUUAACAUAAUUAUUUAGAAAUAGUAAUAAUGUUGAUUAUUUAUCUCGAAGGAAGACAUACCCUUAAAAGUGUUUCGCAUAAAGAUCAUAUCGAAAGAGAAAGAUAGCUAUGUUCAGGAACUCUUGCUUGUUAUGUACCAUCAAUACCAUUGUCAUAAUAUGCAUAAUCUGUAUAACAUUAUUUCACAUAAAUGUUUCCACGAGAAACAGCAACCCCACGUAUCGUGAUAUUGACCGGGAGAACAUUUAUAGAGACAACAUUCAAAACAUCGAAAGUAAGAGAGAAAAGAUAGACACCAACGUACGAAUAAACGAGUGUUUAAACGAUGGUUCUGAAAAUUUACCACCCUUAUAUGUUAUAACACCGACCUACAGGAGAUCUGAACAGUUAGCUGAAUUAACUAGAUUAUCGAACACAUUAAUGUUAGUACCCAACUUACAUUGGUUAGUGAUAGAAGAUGCCUAUAAAACAAAUGAUCUCAUAACUGAAUUAUUAGAGAGGACUGGUAUUAAAUAUGAAUAUUUAACAGCACCAAUGCCGGAGCAAUACAAAAAGAAAAAGGGAACGAAACCCAGGGGCGUGUCCAACAGGAACAAAGGCCUGGACUGGAUAAGGGAGAACGCGAAGACCGGCGUCUUCUACUUCGCCGACGACGACAACAGCUACGACCUGCAACUGUUCAGGGAGAUACGGUAUACGAAAAGGGUGUCGAUGUUCCCGGUGGGUCUGGUGACAAAAUUCGGCGUCAGCACGCCAGUAAUCAGGAACGGUCAGUUCAUCGAAUUCUACGACGGAUGGUUGGGCGGAAGGAAGUUUCCAGUCGAUAUGGCGGGUUUUGCGGUUUCAGUUCAAUUUUUGUUGGAACGUCCACAAGCCUCGAUGCCUUACACGCCUGGAUUUGAAGAGGAUGGUUUCUUGAAGAGUCUCAAGCCAUUUGAACCGAAGGAAAUUGAAUUUAUGGCUUCUAAUUGCACUAAGAUAUAUGUCUGGCACACACAAACAAAGAAAAAUGAACCGUCAUCACCUCUAGCCGAUAAAUUUAAUAAUACAAACGUGUAUUUGCUCAAGCAAAUUUUAGUUUAGUCAGGGUGUUAAAUUGACUGCAAUUGAUUGACAUCCAUUAACAUAUCCUAUACUAUAUCAUUAUUUUUACAAUGUCCAGAGAAAAGCGUACAAAUCAUUUGACUUGUUUAUGAAUACUGUCCAAAAUCUCUGUUAAAAAAAGGACAUGCAAUUAAUAGAUUGUAUGUAUUGUACAUAAUUUUUGGCAAUCAUGUCAAGUUCCUUGUAGUCAUAACAGAGAUGUUGGUUUUAAAAAAAUUGGGACAAUUGUAGACUCCUCACUAAAAAUCCAUCGAACCCUCGUUAUACAAAACUUUGCAUCAUAGUGAUUAGGGAAGCAAGUUCAUAUUUUAAAACUUAAUCAUUAAACAUACCCCCUUUUCCCACUGAAUUAUUUACCCGCCGAAUAAACUAAUCAUACUAAUUUUUUACAAAACUUCCAAAAGAUUAGUUUUGAGGGAGUGUAGAAACUUUUUUAGUGCGGAAUCUUUUAAUUUAGUUCGUUAUGAAUGUUUAUUUAAAUAAAACUUGUGAUAUUUUUAUAAUAAAUAUUUGUUGCAACCAUAUCCCAUUAAUUUAUACAUAAAUAAUUUAUUCAAGAAUGGGCUGUGUGUUUUUUACAUACACUAUCUUAGGUAUUAUUGUAAUAUACACAAUCAUGUAACUUAUGAAUAAAGCAUAUAUUUAUCUCAUA